GUAGCGGCGUUUAGGCCGAGCUACCGCGGUGAGGAGCGAAGCUGUGGCCAUGAAGGAGGAGAAGGAGCACAGGCCUAAGGAGAAGCGAGUAACCCUCUUGACUCCCCCAGGUGCUACAGGCAGCGGCGGUGGGGCUUCGGGAGACAGCACCAAAGGGGAAGAUAAGCAGGAUCGGAACAAGGAGAAGAAAGAGGCGUUGAGCAAGGUGGUAAUUCGGAGAUUACCGCCCACUUUGACCAAGGAGCAGCUUCAGGAACAUCUUCAGCCUAUGCCUGAGCAUGAUUAUUUUGAGUUUUUUUCUAAUGAUACUAGUUUGUAUCCUCAUAUGUAUGCAAGAGCAUACAUCAACUUUAAAAACCAAGAGGACAUUAUUUUGUUCAGGGAUCGUUUUGAUGGUUAUGUAUUCCUUGACAAUAAAGGUCAGGAAUAUCCUGCCAUCGUAGAAUUUGCACCUUUUCAAAAAGCUGCAAAAAAGAAGACUAAGAAAAGAGAUACUAAAGUUGGAACUAUUGAUGAUGAUCCAGAAUAUAGAAAAUUUUUGGAGAGCUAUGCUGCAGAUAAUGAGAAAAUGACAUCUACUCCAGAGACACUGCUAGAGGAAAUAGAAGCAAAAAAUAGAGAACUAAUAGCUAAAAAGACAACUCCACUUUUGAGCUUCCUGAAAAACAAGCAGAGGAUGAGAGAAGAAAAGAGAGAAGAAAGGAGGCGGCGAGAAAUAGAAAGAAAAAGACAAAGAGAAGAAGAGAGGAGAAAGUGGAAAGAAGAAGAGAAACGAAAACGGAAAGAUAUAGAAAAGCUAAAGAAGAUAGACAGAAUUCCAGAAAGGGACAAAUUAAAGGAUGAACCAAAGAUUAAGGUACACAGGUUUCUGUUACAAGCUGUGAAUCAGAAAAAUCUGCUCAAGAAGCCAGAAAAAGGAGAUGAAAAAGAAUUGGACAAAAGAGAAAAGCUCAAGAAAUUGGACAAAGAGAAUCUGAGUGAUGAAAGAGCCAGUGGGCAAAGUUGUACAUUGCCCAAGCGUUCUGAGGGUGAAUUUAAAGAUGAAAAGCCUAAGAGACCUGAAGAUGAGAGUGGCAGAGAAUACAGGGAGAGGGAGCGGGAUUAUGAUCGAGACCAAGAGCGCAUCCUGCGGGAGAGAGAGAGGCUGAAGCGGCAGGAAGAAGAGCGCCGCAGGCAGAAGGAGCGCUAUGAGAAAGAGAAGGCUUUCAAGAGAAAGGAAGAAGAAAUGAAGAAGGAGAAAGAAACACUUCGGGAUAAAGGAAAGAAGCCUGAAAGUACAGAGCCAGUAGGCAGCUCAGAAAAAACUGAAAAGAAAGAAGAAGUGGUUAAGAGAGAUCGCAUAAGAAACAAGGAUCGCCCGGCGAUGCAGCUUUACCAGCCAGGAGCUCGAAGCCGAAAUCGACUCUGUCCCCCUGAUGACAGCACCAAGUCCGGAGAUUCAGCCAUAGAAAAAAAGCAGGAAAGUGGUAUUAGCCAUAGAAAAGAAGGAAGCGAGGAGUGAUAGGUCCAAAUGGCCUUAGGUGUCCUGACUGUCUAGGCAGCCAAAGAGCACGAAUUAAGCAAUCCAGAAGUGCCUUCAGGGCAAAGGAAUAGAGAGAGAGAGAAAGGGGGUCGCUGUGCUGGUGGGGUACACUGCAGAGGAGUAUGUUUUGCGUUAAAGCAGGAACCCGAUUGCAGGUUCAGAUUGGAAGUACAAUUUUCAUUUUUUAUGCAGUUCCUACAAAUUUAAAGUGUCAGACAAAGCUGAGGGGGAGAGGACACGCAUUGCAGUUUGCAGGCAAGAAGUAUCACGAGAGGACUUAUUUAGGUAUGACACGAGAAGAAGAUAGAAGAACUGGCUUUAAAAUCAAAAGGUUUUCUUAAUCCUGGAUUGAAUUUUCUUAAAUUUCAAUGGAGCAGAGUCACUGUGAAGUCUCGUUCAGAUCUAGUUAUAGUCAUUGUUGGUGAUAACUGUUGACUUUGUGUAGUGUAGAAGCAAGAAGCAUGUAAUUGUAAUACAAGUACAGUGAAGGAUAUAACACAUUUUCACUUAUGCAGAAAUUUAAAUAGUCAUGUCAUGUCGAUAUCUUAUGUCCUAAAGUUUUAGGAUUAGUUUGGGAACAGCUACCCACUCCAGUAUUCUGGCCUGGAGAAUUCCAUGGACUAUGUAGUCCACGGGGUUGCAAAGAGUCAGACACAACUCAGCAACUUUCAGUUUAGUUCUUUGUUUGCUUACGUGAGAUUAGUGUAAAAAAAUUUUUUUUUAAACAUCUCCUUUUGCCUUUAGUAAUUUUUAUAUUUGUAAAGUUUAACCCUUAGUUGGUUCUUGACAAUCCAGUCUUUGUUUGACUUUAGGUCUCAUGAGCUGAGUGCCUACCCUCUCCAGGAAGGAAACUGCACCAAUAUUUGUUCCUGUUAAAUAGCAACUUAGCUUGUUUUGCA